ACCACCACCACUCCAAGUUGCAUAUAAAGCUCUUAUUUUCUCAAGCACUCUUAUUACUGUCGUGUAUGAACUUGACGUCUGUGAUAAGGAUGCCAGUGUGUGAUUUCUGCGGAUAUGACGGGAAUGGUGACGCUGUCUCCUUCCACAGAUUUCCACUAGAAGCAGAAAUUCGUCGCCGUUGGAUGGUAAAUAUGAGAAGAGACGCUGAAUGGACUCCAUCUGAAUCCGCAUCUCUGUGCUCCGCUCACUUCACUCCGGAUUGCUUUGAAUCUGGAGCAGCACAUUUACACCCAAACGCUAUUCCGACGAGAUUUGAUUUUACACAGUCCAUGAGUCUAAACACUCGAAACAUUCCUCAAGACCAAGGAGAACAUAAAUCGACUAACACAUCAUGUUGUGGCUGUUAUAAACGUCUACAGGCUACAGAGAAAGUUUACCAACUGAAAUUAGUUGCUGCCCAGCUUCAAAUAAAACAAUACAAAAAUAAUCUAGCAGAAGAGUCACGAAAAGCAGCACAAUGGCAAAAGAGAGCGAUAGUUCUGCAGAGUGCUAUUAGAGCCAUGAAACAAAGAGGUAUAAUACCCACAACAAGAAAAACCUCAACACCAAAAAAUACUAAUUUGGAAUAAAACAAAUGGCAUUUUUCUGUAA